AUGGCAUUAUCAAUAUCACCCAUCACCGUCUCCAUCAUCACUCUCUUCCUCCUCUUCCAUCCAGCCACUUCUCAAAACAAUGAAAUUCUCAAAUCAACAACACAAACACAAAACGACUGUGAAAACCGUUGGAUCCACAUAAGAAAACUACCUUCAAUCUUCAACCUAGAUCUCCUCUCAAAUUGUUCCGAAUACACAUUCCUAGACGAUUUAUGUCCUUUCUUAGCAAACCAUGGUUUGGGUCAAAAAACCCAUAACCGUUCUCAUAGUUGGUACCGAACCGACCCGUCCAUGCUUGAACUCAUUUUCCAUCGCCGUAUGUUGGAGUAUCCAUGUUUAACGGAAGAUCCGAAUACCGCUAACGCCGUUUAUCUUCCUUACUACGCUGGUUUCGACGCUCUCCGUUAUCUUUACGGUCCUGAAUAUAACUCCAGCGAAGAACACGGUGUUCAGCUUUUUCAUUUUCUUCAAAACGAUGACCCUUCCAUAUGGAACCGUUUUUCGGGUCACGAUCAUUUUCUGGUUAUGGCCCGACCCGCUUGGGAUUUUUGUCAGCCGUUGGAUACGGAUCCUCGUCUAUGGGGAACUUCGUUCCUCGAGUUACCGCAGUUUUUCAAUGUAACGGCUUUGACUCUCGAGGCUCGUGCUUGGCCGUGGCAAGAACACGCUGUUCCUUUUCCGACGUCUUUUCAUCCGCCGAAUCUCGCUUUGUUGGAUUCGUGGAUUCAACGCGUUCGUCGGACGAAGAGGUAUUCUCUUGCUCUUUUUGCCGGCGGUGGAGGUUACUCUUCGACGCCGAAUAUCCGGCGGAGUAUAAGGAUUGAAUGCUCUGACAACAAUGAAUAG